AACAUACAAGUCCUACAUUUCAAAAGAAAUAUUUCCUAACAUUUUCAAUCACAAAGUUAAUUAAGGUUAUUAAUCUCCAGGCAAAUAAUAAGACCUCAGAAAACCACUCUAUCAAAGCGUAAUCGUGUUCAUUUAUCAAGAAAUAAUCCAAACGAAACGUAAAAAUGGCCAGUGUAAAAUCAGAUUCCAAAAAUGCAGAAUGGGCGAAACAUAGAGACUCAGCCCAUGUAAAUUCAUGUGAAACCGCUGACUCCAAGUCGGAAGAUGAUGAGAAGGAAGUAAAAGUAACUGGCAUUGAAGGGGAGGACAUCGUUGGCGUCGAAGCCGCAACUGCCGCCGAUGUUCAAAAGUCAACUAAAGAUACAGUAUGGGAUCAAACGAGAGAUAUGGCCGAAAAUAUAGCUGGAAUGGCCGGAAAUGUAUCACAUACGGUCUACAACAAGGGAAGCGAAAUUUGCGGUGCUAUGAAGCAUGGUGCUGAAGCCGGUUGGAACAAAACAGCCGACUAAUAAAUAUCGCAUCAACUUAGAUGGCCGAAAACUGAAUGCUUAAGGUCUCAAUGAGUGGAACACGUAUCAGUAUUCCGUCAGUUUGCUUUUAAUAUCUUUUAUCACUUCUUUCAAAGCAGCAUCAGUAAACUCAACCUUACAAAUGCUUUAUAGAAAUUACAAAAUAAAUUACAAAUUGU